CGCCCGGCAGGAGGGGCGGCUGUCGGUGUGUCAUGUCUGCCCGCCCGCCGUGUUGGUCGCUCAGAUCUGGGGCUGUGCCGCGGCCGCGCCGUUGUUAUGUACUGCCUGGUGCGCCUGGGCCCGCUGCGGCCGCUGGUGCACCCGCGCAGCGCCCCGCUGCUCGCUGCCGCCGCUCCCCGUAUCCUGUGCCGCGGUCCCCAUCAGGCCUGGGCCGGCCUCAGCCCGCCGCUGCCCCUGGUAACGCUGCGAUCCGCCGCCGGCAGCUCCGCCAAGGAUGCAGGUGGAUCCUCUGAAAAGGCAGCCACAGAUCUCAGUGGUGAAAACAAGAAACUCAACAAAUCCCAGCAGCUGAAACGAGUGUUUAAAGAGUAUGGUGCUGUAGGGGUUUCAUUCCAUGUUGGAAUUUCAUUAGUAUCUCUAGGUAUCUUCUACCUGGCUGUGUCAAGUGGAGUGGAUAUGACUGCAGUUCUCUUCAAACUUGGUUUCAGUGAAUCAUCGUUGCAAUCUAAAAUGGCAGCUGGCACAAGUACAUUUGUGCUGGCAUAUGCCAUUCACAAGUUGUUCGCUCCAGUAAGAAUCAGCAUUACCGUAGUUUCUGUGCCAUUUGUUGUCCGAUACUGCCGGAAGAUUGGUUUCUUCAAACCUCCUACCCCAAAUCCAUGAGGAUUUCUUACUGGUUUUUACUCCAAUUGUUUUUAUUGGUUUUUUAAUGCUCUAUAUCCACAUAGCUUUUCAGAUUGUUAAAUUUCUUUAAAAGAUUUGUUUGGAUCCAUGUAAAUGCUGACCUCCUCUUGCAUUUCUUACUUGUUCUUUCAGGUGAAUGGUGGUGAAUGGUACACUGUGAAAAGUGCUGUCCUUCUUUCCAUUUUGCCACCUCUUCUUUAGAAAAGCCUGUUAAAAUGGUUUUCACUGCAAGUGGUAAUAGAAGUGCUUGACAAUGAGCUGUCUCUUUAGAACACACAGUUCUAGGACUUUAUAAUCUAGCUUUUGGGGCCUUAAUUUUUUUUUUUUUUCUUGUCAAAAUAGAGUGUGAGCAUUAGUUUGUGUCUGUGUAUUUGGAAAACAGUAAGAUUCUCUUCCUAAUAGGCUGUGGGAUCAACAAUAUCCUACUAUAUGAAUAGUUCCUUUGGUAAGCGUAUAUACUGGAAUCUAAAGUGGUAGGUGGGUGUUUCUUUUGUU